CUCACCUCUCGGCCGUUUGUUUGACUUCAGAUUCGAAAUAUAGAUCCUGUCCUACCCGGAUCACAUGUUGUGAAAUAAUGUCUACAUCCUCGCUAGUGGCACUGUCGCUAAAAGAAAUAAAAAGUACAUCCUUCCUCAUCGGAAAAGUCGUCUUCGUUCUUGUCGCUCUCAAUGUGUAUGCCUACUGGAUGGAUCGAUAUAGCUUGCGAAGAUAUCCAGGCCCGUUCCUUGCCAAAUUCUCUUAUCUCUGGCUUGUGUGCACUGGGUGGACUCUUCGCCGUUCACAAAUACUACAUGAGAUGCAUAGAAAAUACGGUCCAGUAGUUCGUAUCUCGCCUUCCGAACUUUCCUUCUGCAGUCCCAGUGCCUUUUCUGCUAUCUACUCCCGAGGCUCGUGCGUCACGAAAUCCAACUUUUACGACGCCUUUGCUACCAUUGGACUUCCAUCUAUCUUCGCAACCCGCCAAAAAACUGAACACGUCCAAAAGCGAAAGAUGAUGUAUCAUUUUUUUACACCAAAAACUGUCUCUGAGUUUGCUCCUCGGAUAACUUGUGUUGUCGACCUUCUUCUCAAGGAGUGGGAUACUCGCUUCGCAGAUCCAUCCAAAAGUAGGGAUGUCCAAUGCGUCUGGUUCGACUGUCUUCCAUGGUGCGCCUUUUUGGCCUUCGAUUCCAUGAGUGAUUUUAUUUUUGGCAAGUCUUUUGGUAUGGUCAUGGCAGCCAAAGACAUUGUCACUAUUCCUAAGGACGCACGUCUCAUUCUUGACGAUGAAAGACCAGAGGGAACUAUGGAAAUAUCCCUCAUGCAUAUCACUGGUAGCCGGGAGACAUAUAAUUACUUCGUUGGGAUACUCCCGGCUUGGUGGAAGCCAUUGGGUCAUGCUAUCCUGCGAGGACCGUUAAAAAACGGGUUACUGGUCGCCAAGACCGUCGCGUAUCUGUUGUCGCAACGUUUAUCCCUUGGGAUCCAAGGAGGUACCAUGGAUCUCGUUGGAGAAUUCCUUCAGCGACAGGACCCACAAACAUCUGCACAAGAAUCAUUAAUCGCUGAAGUGCUGACAAUACUUGUUGCGGGCUCCGAUACGACAAGAAAUUCCCUCGCCGCUGCCAUCUACUAUAUAUCAAGGUCGCCUCAAAUUCAGGCGAACCUUCAUGCCGAGCUCGAUGCACACAUACCUAGGAAUUGUUCUGUCUCCAUCGAAGACGUCCAACAGCUGCCGUAUCUCGGCGCAUGCAUUAACGAGACCCUUCGCAUGUACUCUGCUGUCCCAGGUGGUCUUCCGCGAGUCGUCCCCGAGGGUGGUAUGUCAAUUUCCGGCAACGACAUUGUUGCAGGGACCACUGUCGGUGUACAUAUCUAUAGCCUUCAUCACAACCCUUUGAUUUGGGGAGAUGAUGCUGAAACCUUCAAUCCUGACCGUUGGCUUAACCUAAGCAGCGAGGUGGUGAGAAGAGCAUUCAAACCUUUCUCUGAUGGACCAGCAGCAUGCAUAGGCAAAACCUUAGCAAUGGUUCAGCUUCGCAUUGUUCUUGCUUCCAUAUUUAAGCGGUUUGAUGUUAUGUGUGAGCAUCCUGAUCGCGCUCUUUUGGUCGACGAUUGGUUCGUAAGAAGAAUAAAUAAUUGCAGAAUCGGGUUAUAUUAUAGAAAAACUGCCUAAUGGCUUAGAAUCGUAGCACCCAAAGAGACAAUACAGAUGCUCAUACAUAUCACAAUCUUAACGGGCCCAUUAAGUAGUGUUUCGAACUACUAAAGGGAGGUAGUCUU